GCUUUAUGUGACAGGUCGCCUGCGUUACCUCCGGAAACAGAAAGUGAGGAAGUGAAGGAGAACGGAAGAGAGUGCGGACACACAGCCAGCCAGACAUGACCGAGCCCGGGGCCCCGUGUCCGGCCGCCUGAGAGUGGGAACCGGGGGGACAGGCUGACACCAGGGGGCGCCCUCUCAGAUUUCCAGAUCUGCAGCUCUCACUGAUAUGAGAACAACGUCCCUCAGAAAGAAGCAUACUGCCUGACGCGGAGCAGGGCUUCUACAUCACAAUGUUUCUGAAUCUGCAUCCCCUGGAGAACCUGAAGUCGUACAUCAGUAGUCGGCCCCCUCUGGUGGUCUUUAUGGUCAGUGUCAGUGGUAUGGCCAUAGCUUUCCUCACGCUUGGCUACUUCUUCAAAAUGAAGGAAAUUAAGUCCCCCGAGAUGACAGAGGACUGGAACACGUUUCUCCUGAAGUUUAAUAACCUGGACUUUUGUAUAUCUGAGAAUGAAACGUUGAAGCAUCUCUUGAAUGACACCACACCACCAGAGAGUACAGUCACCACUGGCCAGGCCCGGUCCUCUACACAGACGCCGCAAGCCCUUGAGGACACAGGACCCAUAAAUAUUUCUGUAGCUAUUACCUUGACAUUGGAUCCCCUGAAACCUUUUGGAGGAUACUCUCGAAACAUCACUCACCUGAGCUCCACAAUUAUUGGCCAUCAGAUUGGUCUUGCAGGCAGAGAGUCCCAUGAGGAGAUGAAUAUAACCUUUACUCUGCCAGCUGCCUGGAACUCGGAUGACUGUAUUCUCCAUGGACACUGUGAGCAGGUGGUAUUUACCACAUGUAUGACCGUAACAGCCAUGAGCAGCGUGUUCCCCGUCACUGUACAACCGCCUCAUUGCAUUCCUGAAACCUACAGCAAUGCCACCCUGUGGUACAAAAUCUUCACCACUGCUCGAGACUCUGGAACAAAGUAUGCCCAGGACUAUAAUCCCUUCUGGUGUUAUAAGGGAGCCAUUGGAAAGGUGUACCAUGCUUUAAACCCCAAGCUCACAGUUAUUGUUCCAGAGGAUGACCGCUCUCUUAUUAAUCUGCAUCUGAUGGACACAAGUUACUUUCUAUUUGUGAUGGUUAUCACCAUGUUCUGUUAUGCAGUCAUCAGGGGUCGCCCAGGCAAGCUGAGGCAAAGCAACUCUGACUUCUGUCCUGAAAAGGUUGCACUUUCUGAAGCAUAACCAUCCCUCCUUUACCAUCCGUAGAUACAACUGGAGUCAUUGCCUGUUGACGCCACCAGGAGAACGUGUCCUGAGUCCUUCUAGUAGGGGGAGGGAGGAACACAUAAUAUUGCAAUGUUGGUUUCUUCCAACCAAAGACAUUUCAAGUGCCUGUAAUUGAUUUGUACAUAUUUAUAAAUGGGUACAUUUGAGGAAGCUUGGUGCAAAUGUUCUGCCUUGCAGGAACUUUCCUUUUGCCCUGUGUACCUGUGGACUUGCUGUCGUUUCCUUGUGUAGAUAUGUUUAGUGGAUGUUUCUAGUCACAGUGCGAGUUGCCUGAUUGGUGGGUAUGUCUAAUGAAUGAGAUCCUGAUCUCAAGCAAAACUGCACUUUUUGUUUUCAAAAUCUGGGGGAAAAAAUCAUUUGUUUGAAAGGAAGAAAUAUGGCUGCUGCAUGGAGAUGGCCUGUGUACUGGUAGAUCUAUAUUAAAAGCAUCCAUUCUUCAUGACAUGUCUGUUUUUUCGAUUUUCUAUAUCCUUGGAGUAACAUUUUCUCCCUGUGCACUGCUGAUUUGGGAGGGAGACAUCUCUGUCUAAUUAUCAUGCUAAAUAUCCUGAAAUGUCGAGACCUUGAGAUUUUGUGUUCAAGUAGGGGAAUUAGCAAGAUGCUGAGUGAGCAGACAUUGUGAAGUGAAAAUAAAGCUAAUCUGCUCUGA